AUGGCUAUCAAGUAUCCCAACGUUGUGACGAAUGUCCUUCCUAAGCUCCCGGGCUCACUUCCCUUGGGAAAUGUCCCAGAAGAUGUCAACGCUUUGUUGGUGGCGACAACAUGUUUGAAGCACUUGGCUGGGCUCAGAGCCGAGCAUCUGACUCCGGAUGCUCUGUGGCGCGACAUGCUCGCCCUCACAGGCAGUUUGAGAACGAUCUUCUCCGCUAAGGCCGUCGAGGAAGCUUGGGAAAAUACGACCACCUCCCGGAAAGCACGCGAUUUCGCGCUUGUCGCAGACUCGGCUCGUGUCGUCCAGCUUGAUCCGCAAACGUCUUGGGUCGAGGCACGGUUCACCUUCAACAACUACGGCACACCAGCAACAUCAUGCUCAGGCUUCAUAUCUCUGGUGCACGACAAAGAGUCGGGUUGGAGAAUCUGGGUCUUACGAACAAUCCUCGAGCAACUUAGCGGGCACGGAAACGUCGAUAAAGCGCCUCAGAGCCGCAUUUGUGGUAUCGACGGUAGCAACUGUGUCAGCCACAACGACUUCGACUGUCUCAUCGUAGGUGGAGGACAAUCCGGGCUCUCUACGGCCGGCCGGCUCCAAGCUCUGGGAGUGAACUACCUUGUCGUUGAAAAGCACCAGAACGUGGGGGAUAGCUGGAUGACUCGCUACGACGCAGUGAAGCAUAUAUACUCACUCCAUACUACAGUUCACCUUCCAUUCGAACGAACAUUCGAUGAGACUUACCCACUAUACCUCACCAAGUUUGAUCUCGCUAGAGGAUAUCAGCAGUGGGUUUCGAAAUAUGGCAUUAACAUUUGGCUUUCAACAAAGAUGCAUUCUGGCUCAUGGGACGCCGCAAAGAGCAAAUGGAGAAUUAAGCUGCUCAGAAAUGGCACAGAAGUCGAGAUCACAGCGAGCCACAUUAUCUUUGCGGUUGGCGCAGGAGGCCAAGUGCCAUCCAUGCCACGCUAUCCAGGUCUUGAAAACUACAGGGGACACGUCGUACAUUCAUCGGAAUACACAUCGGCUGCUGCUUGGGCAGGAAGGAGAGGAAUAGUUGUGGGAACGGCAAACACAGCGCAUGAUAUGGCCGAAGACAUGCUUGCUCAUAAUCUAUCUGUGACAAUGGUCCAGCGCAGUCGAACUUUUGUAUUCCCGGCCGAAUAUUUCAAAUUCAUCCAAGAUAGACUCUACAACGAGACCUUCGACAUUGAUCUGGCAGACAGGAUGCAGUUCUCCAACCCACUGUCGGUCGCUCGCCAGAUAGCCCAAAGGACACUACACCCCCUGGCCGCGGCGGAGCCUGAACGAUUUGAUGCGCUGGAGCGUGUAGGGUUCAAGGUCGAACGCUUCGGCGAUAUGCACCAUCAUCUGAACGAGAGGCAAGGCGGCCACUACGUCGACGUAGGAGCCUCUGCCAAAAUUGCCAAUGGUCUGAUCAAGAUCAAGUCCGACGCGCUACCUACACGCUAUACCGAGGACGGUCUCCAGUUCAGCGACGGGACGGAGAUCCAAGCCGACGUGAUCGUCUACGCGACCGGUUUUGUGGGGAACAUCCGGCAGACCGUCUACGAGACCCUGGGCGACGACGUCGCCACACAAGUCGAGGACUUUUGGGGUUUGAACCACGAAGGGGAGCUUCUGGGAGCAUUUAAGCCUUCUGGGCAUCCACGACUUUGGUAUAUCGGUGGCGGAUGUGGCCACUCCAGACACUAUUCACGAUUCGUCGCUCUUCAAGUUAAGGCCUCAGUCCUUGGGACGCCGUUGCCCAUAUACAAGGACAACUCUUGCUGA